AUGUUUGGCCACAGCGCUGUCAUGGUUGCUCACGAGAUGCGUCUUCCACUGCCAUGUGACGAAGCUCUCUGGUCUGCAAUGAGUAGUUCUGAAGUAGGUCGGGUUCAGCAGUUCCUGACGUCGGAUGGCAUUAAACCGAUAUCCUUCCUUGACGGUCUUAAGAAGACAUUGAACGGACAAACGGUACGGACCAAUUCUUUCGGACGCACGAUACUUAUGGCAGGUUUGCUGAGCGUGUCGUGGCACAUGAACCAGCGGGAUUUGCAAAUCAGCUCGCUCGGUGCAACAACAGUACUUGGUGGACAGGAUGAGUGGCGAGGACCCUUAAUCCUUGGCUUUGACUUCUGGAAGCAGGACUUCGACAGCGCACUGAACCGAUCGGAAGACUGCCCUGCUUCGAAUCCAUACGAGUACUCUCAUGGUAUUGAUGACGACAACGUCUUCGAAUCCCGGACUGACCUCUACCACCUGGCGCAUAUGGCCAUGCACGUCGAUAUUGUCGAUUGCCAGAUUUAUGCGGGUGCUCCCAAACUACUUGGGAGAUCAGUAUUCCUGCAAGACUACCACGGCGCGCAACGCCGCAUGGAAGCGUGGGCUCCCACUGUCCGAGCCCGGCGGGCCACCUUCCACGCCCUCCGCUUUCUUCGCACUGUUCUGCUUGCAGGAGAUCACAGUCCGAACCCAAAUACCCCAUCCAGCGCCGUUCUCUCCUACUCCACGCGCGACGACCACCUUCUAUAUCGACCACGGUCGCUGUACUUUGCCACACUGAUUGUCUGGUCGUACGGCUUUGCGCUGGAAGGGCCUGUCAAGGAGCGGUACCAACUCCUAAGUUAUGAGGACAAGGUCAAGGAUAUGGUACUGUAUCUCAAUCGCGUUGGCGGUGUAAGGUCACCUGAAGACUUGAGCGGAACUCUGAAUUGCAAUGCUUGCUUGGGAUUAUUGAUCAUCAUGAGAGAUAUGUUCAAAAAGACGAGGUGGGAGUUGUUGCAUGAGGCAGGCAAUCUGCUGACGAAGUGCAUUGAGAUGCUGUUUUCUGGCGCAGGUGGGUCGUGA